AUGUUGUUCCUUGUUACAAGCAAAGGUGGUGUAGACUCCUCUUAUUAUCACUCUUCCAAUGUCGCUGAAACAACGCCGCAUGAGACACCAUCAGGAUACAUCCAUGAUCUUUUCCCGGUUGUCCUUGUCAGCCUUGUCAUUAUCACGUCGUUGUAUGGGAUUGUAGCAGCAAUGGUUUUUAUAUGGGCCAAGUAUGGAUGGCACAAUGCUCAUGCAGCAGCCGAUGAUGUGGAACGACAAAAGCAACGACAUCCAGAGAUAGCCUGUUAUGGUGCGUUAGAGAGAUCAACUACCUAUUAUGAUUGGAAUCGGCCUCCACCCUACAGACACCACAAACCAUCAUUCAACCCGAUAAGAUACCCACCCAAUGUGAGACGCUUCUAUCACAACAGUGUUCUACCAAAGAAUCAUCCGCGCCACCACCCAAUGUCACAUCCAUCUUCUCUGCUGACCAUGGAAGAACGGCAAAACCAUUGGCACAAAAGACGUGAUGCUUUGUUGAAAAAGUUUGCUGCACCCACUACUACCACCACCACCACCAAUUAA